CCGUUUAUUCUGAUCAACUGUUUUUUAUUAGUACAUGAAAUGUACAUGUUGCCGGUAAAAUUUGAUUAUUUCAGACGAUAGUCAACAAUAUUAGUUUCCUGAAAUAAAUCAAACCAGCCAUCGAUUUUAUAUUUUAAUUUUAAAUAUAUUCGUUCGCUAACAUGGAAGUGGAGGAAAGUUCGGAACAAAUUUCUAUACUAAAUGGUACAGAGCAGAAUACCGCUACUGAAGCCAUCGAUGAAGCUCCAACGCUCAUGGAAGAAAGCGAAUUGUUUCAAGAUGCUGUAAUCGAAUUGGGACGUCGUUUGUGGAAAUCUUCUCCAGAAAAACAACACUACACAAAAGGCUGUCUAUGGUCACCAGAUGGCACUUGCAUAUUGGUGCCGGUGCACUUAGAUGGCAUGCACGUUAUUGAGCUGCCGCGUGAUUUGUAUUUGGCCCGAACGAUGUCAGCGACGCGCGCGUUAAGUAAAUUAGAUACGGCUGUGCAUGUAAGGGAGGGAGGUACUGUUUAUGAUUAUGUUUGGUAUCCUUUCAUGAGUAGUUUAGCGCCCGAAACUUGCUGUUGGUUGGCAUCACGGCAACAUGAACCUAUACACAUGUGGGAUGCAUUUACCGGUGAGCUACGUUGCACCUAUCGUGGUUAUGAUAGCGUGGAUGAAGUAGAAGCGGCUAUAGCUAUAACAUUUUCCAACAAUGGUGAACAGGUUAUCGGUGGUUAUAAGAAAUCCAUUAAACUAUUUGAUACGAAUGUGCCUGGACGUGCCUUGAGCUCCAUUAGUGUGAAACAAGCUGUCUCUUGCUUUGCGCUCACCACAGAUAAUGAUAGCACUGUUACAACGGGAUCUUGGAACGGUUUUAUCAACCAUUUUGAUUUACGCGCACCAAAAUUGGGGCCACUAUUUACGCUGGGCGGACAUACUGGUGGCAUUACAUGGCUACGUUAUGCAGCUUUAACUGAAAGCGACAGUUGGUUGUUAUACAGUGGCGCUCGUAAGGAUAAUAAAAUUUUAGAAUGGGAUAUGCGCAACUAUUUAAAGCCAGUUAGAGAAUUUCGACGCACUGUUGAAACUAAUCAACGUAUAUAUUUCGAUUUGAGUGCACCAGAGCAGCGGUGGCUAGUGAGCGGCGAAACUGGAGGGAAUUUGCGAAUAUGGGAUUUACACAACAAUAUUGAUGAAGCGGUACCGCUACAUGGCGAUUGUUGUAAUGGUGUUAACUUCCAUCCCAGCUUACCAAUAUUGGCUACCACUUCCGGACAACACCACUUUGUGGAUUCUGCAGAGGAUGAAGAUUUGCAAAUAAUUAAAGCGAAAUCAGAGCAAGCUGAGAUAAUUAUAAAUUAUGAAAAUGCGCUCAGGUUUUGGUGGAUUGGUAAAUCUGUAGUGGAUGAUGGUGAGACUGAUAAUUUACUCUAAGUCAAAUAGCAUUGUUGUGAAUGCAUAUGGAAAGCAGUGCGCAUCGUCCGACAGUCGGCUCUACGUUACCGGAAUGACCCGGAUUUACUGUAUAUUCGGCCAAGGACUAUCACUUCAGCAGCACUCCCCGUACAUGUAUGGGAAAUGUUUUUGCUGCUACAACAUAAACAAUAAUGCUUUGUUUUAUAUUUAUUUGUUUAAUUUAAAACAAAAUUGUACAAAAAUUUUAAAGUUUAAGUUGAAGUAAAAUAUGAAGUUUAAGAAUGCAAGAAAUAGUGAAACAUACAGGGUUUGAUUGAAAAGUAA